GAGAGCUCGCUCAGUCCUCUACGGAUGCUCCUGUCGCUUGGAAAGAAUCUACCUCCCUUCAGAAUGAAUCCCGUGUUGGGCGAGAGCGCGUACCCGAUCCAGCAGCAGCAGCAGGUGACUGGCCUGCCGGACACAGGCCUUUUCGCAGAGUCCCUUUACGGCUCACCUGAGCCGCCCUUCAUCUUGGGCGACCAUAUGGUUGUCCCGGGUCAGGACGGCCUGGGACUGCCUGGGUUGGACCUGGGCAACUGGCCUCACGGUGCUCCUCUGUACCCACACCGGUGUCCACCUCCACCUCCGGCCGCCGCGGCGCUGCGCAAUGACCUGGGCUCCAACAUCAGUGUGCUCAAGGCACUGAACCUGCGCUUCCGCUGCUUCCUGGCCAAGGUGCACGAGCUGGAGCGGCGCAACAAGGCGUUGGAGAAGCAGCUGCAGAGUGCCCUGGAGGAACGAGCAGAAAAGGCACCCAUGCGGGACGUGGGGGUCCAAACCGGGUCCUUCGGGACAGUGCCGGUGAGGCCUGACUUGAUACCGGUACCGUACGCCAACUAUUUGCCUGGAGGUCUGGCCUCGUCGCCAACUCUGGACAACACAGUCUUCCCGCUUGGGUCCAGCAACAAGACAAAUCUCGGACAGUUCACCCCAAUAAGUGUUACGGACUCGAACUCCAAUCUGGCCCCCAGUUUUCCCAUCAGUCCUUUGUCUCCUGGUGAUCCUGCUUCUAAGAGCAUCUCCAAUAUCAAUGAGAAGUAUGUCAGCACUGGGACUGGGACAUCCGCUAACCUCCCACCCAGGUUCCUUCCUGGGACUAUUUGGUCGUAUAACCCUGCUCGGAGGCUCAGUAUUGGCCGGGACCCGAGGGUGCCGGGUCCUGGCAUAUCGUGGACGCACCCAGAUGGGGUGGGGGUCCAAAUCGACACCAUCACCCCAGAGAUCCGGGCCCUGUACAACGUGCUGGCCAAGGUGAAACGUGAACGAGACGAGUAUAAACGAAGGUGGGAGGAGGAGUAUACAGUGAGAGUGGACUUGCAGGAGAAGAUUGCAGAGCUUGAAGAGGACCUUCAGGAGAGCGAGGUGUGUCAGGAUGAACUGGCUCUCAGAGUGAAGCAGCUGAAGGCCGAGCUGGUCCUCUUCAAAGGCCUGAUGAGCAAUAAUCUUUCAGAGUUGGACAGCAAGAUCCAGGAAAAGGCCAUGAAGGUGGACAUGGACAUCUGCAGACGGAUCGACAUCACAGCGCGGCUGUGUGACGUGGCUCAGCAGAGGAACUGCGAGGACAUGAUUCAGAUCUUCCAGCAGGUGGCCACGCCUCCUUCAACACUAACCCGCCGUCCUCGGAAACAGACCCCUCAGUCUACGAAGAGCAACGAUGGCGAGGAACCAACCAGUAUCUCUGAGAGUGAGGAUGGUGGGGUUAAAGAGGUGGAGCUGUGUGGUUCAUCCACCAAUCAAGUCAAUGAGGAAAUGCAGAGGAUGCUCAACCAGUUGCGAGAGUGUGAGUUUGAGGAUGACUGUGAUAGUCUGGCGUGGGAGGAGACGGAGGAGACUCUGCUGCUGUGGGAGGAUUUCCCAGGAUACACCUUGGGUGUGGAAACUCAGGGGGAGCAGGAGGAGUCCAUAGAGAAGGUGAUAAAGGACACUGAGUCGCUGUUCAAGUCUCGUGAGAAGGAAUACCAAGAGACCAUAGACCAGAUUGAGCUGGAGUUGGCCACUGCCAAGUCAGACAUGAACAGGCACCUACAUGAGUACAUGGAGAUGUGCAGUAUGAAGAGGGGUUUGGAUGUGCAGAUGGAGACCUGCCGGAGGCUCAUCACACAGAGUGGAGACAGAAAAUCCCCACUUCUCAUUUCUGUGACUGUGGAGGAUGGAGAAGAAGGAGAGAGGGAGAGGAAGAAGGCGACUCUUCCAGCAGAUUCUGGCAGCACUGAACCAUACUGCGACAUUCAGAACAACCUCACUGUCUCUCAUCCUACCUGGAAAAAGUCCUAACAGCCUUUUUUAUAACUUCGCCCCAACCUGAAAGGCUGUUUACAUUUCGUGGUCAACUGAUGAUCCUGCACUUUACAUCCACAAUUAACAGAGGGUUUGAGGCAGCCUCUUAAAGGGCCAGCAACCUAAGACAAAACCUACAAAAGCCACUAGUGCCAUCUAGUGAUACAGAUUAUCACUACAUGUAACAGAAGCAGACACUCUUUGGGCACUUGGAACGUUUAUACACAAUUACACACUAUUAGCACUUUUUCCAGAGAAAAA